UAUUGUUUGAACUAUAUAAAAAUGUCUAAAUAUCAAAGACUCCCAGAGGAUGCCAAUCCAGAGGCUGACCAAGCAGAGUCCUCAGCCGAGAGAAAGGAAUCUUUAGAACUCAACCAGAACGAACGGAUGAAGAAGAUAAACCACACUGAUACUAGUGAGGAUAAUUCCAAUGAAUCCGGUGUUAGCGAAGCAAGAAAUAGCCAUCUGAAGAAAUCAGACUCAUUAAAACAGGCAAAAAGACAGAGCCCCUUCCAGUAUAACGAGGAUAACAAAUCAGAGGAACAGUCCUUUGCGUACCAGUCUUCUGGGAGUAAGAAUCAACAGGAACAGCAAUAUUCAGAUGACAAUAGAGGAUCUGGAGCAGAGAGGUUUACCAACUCUAGUAACCUCCGAUCAACUCUUCCUUUAAGCCCAUUCUACGGCAAGUUUAUUGAGAGCUUGAGAGGAAGAAGGAUGCGUAAUGUGAAACAAGAUUUACACAAUCACAGAGCUAUGUUCUACCAACCCAUUGACGAAAUGAAUAAGACUGCCUUACACAUCGCUUGUGAAAAAUAACAGUUUUGAGAUAGUAAAGCUCAUCAUUGAAAAAUUAUUCGAUGGCCUCGAGCUGACAAACAGAGGAAGAGGGCAGAGAAGGAUUACCAAAGUUGAAUUCAUUAACUUGCAAAAUAAUGAUGGCCUAACUGCUAUACACUAUGCAGCAUUUAGAGGAAACAUCAAGAUCCUGAAGUACCUAUGUGAUGAGCAUCAAGGAGAUCCCUACAUUAAGGAUAAUGAUGGACACAACGUAAUUCACAUAGCUGCACAGGCUGACAAAGUAAACGUGAUCCACUACUUUAUCAAAAACUUUAAUUUUGAUGUAAAUGAUCGUGACAACAAAGAUUCUUCAGCAUUGCACUGGGCUGCGUACCUCAAUAAGGAAAUAUCUCUGACAUAUCUAAUCGCAUGGGGAGCCAACGUAAAUGCAACUGAUGCUGAAAACAACACUCCUCUGCACUUAGCAGUGCUUACCUCUGAAAAUGUGAAAGAGUCAAGAUGAGUCAAGAUCUUACUCCUCAAAGGCGCAAGCAGAAAGAUCGAAAACCAUGAAGGCAAAAGACCCAGUGACUUAAUCAAGGAAGGAGAUAUGUACGAUGAACUCCACUCUAUUCUAAAAGAGCAGAGGUACUGAACAUGACUUUUGAUUAAAGUUCCUUUUGCGAAAAUUGAAAGGAACGAAAGAACUGCGAUAUUCUUUCUAAUACUAUACAUCCUAUUGAAUGCCAUUGCAGGCUUAUACAUCGUUCCAAUGUGUAGCCCUAUUCAUUAUGAGGCAGCUGGAGUGAUUGGGUUUCUGUCAUUCAUAAUGCUCCUUACUUUUAUUCUUGCUUCAAUAAGGGACCCUGGCUAUCUCAGAAGAGACCCCACAAUCGAUUUCCAGAACCUUUUAGAUCACACUGACCCUUAUAAUCUUUGACCUGAUUGAAAAGUGAUUAGGACACCAAGAAGCAGGCAUUGCAACAUCUGUAACAUGUGAGUGGAGAGGUUUGAUCACCACUGCCCUUACUUAAAUAACUGAGUUGGGUACAGAAACCACGCUUAUUUCCUUGCUUACAUCUCCUCCAUGGCUAUCACAAUGCUUGUAAUAGUAGGGUUCAUCAUCUUCUCAUUUGUAAAUCACCCAGAAGAGAAGAAAGCAUGGGAAUUUAUGAAGGGUACUUACCCUGUAUACGUGCACUAUGUCCUAUGAAGCCUAAUCCUCUGUGUAGUAGUCUUCUUCUUCCCAUUCACUUCAAUUCUCAGCUUAAUUCACUGUUGGAAUUUCGGCAAGAACCAGACUACGAAUGAAAGGUUUGCCAGGAAGAACGAUGGGGAUAAUCCGUCGAUGAUCUCAAAGUCGCUGCUCGACAAUAGUCAUAACGAUACCUCCGAGAGGCCGUCUGGGUGGAACAAUGAAAACACAACUGAUAUGCUCGGAGACUCAAGCAACAACGACACUCUGCUCAGGACUACCUUCAUUGGGCCUAAGAACGGCACCUGAUUAGGAAAUUGCUUCAGGAUGAUCAACUAUAAGCCUCCUUCACAACAAACCAUGUUGAGGGAAUACAUGUAG